AGUUCCGGCCUGACCUGAGUGACCUGCUUACAGCGAAGUGAAGCAGGGGCAAAGGCCGAGAUUUUUUGCAUUAUUUUUAAUAACGAAGGUUUGAAAAUAAUAUUUAAAAAUGCAGCAAACGCAGAAAACUUAUUCUAAGCUGGAAAGCAUUCCUGUCCAGAAACUCAAAAUUGGAGGCGAGGACGUCGUGGCACCAUUAAUAUUUGAGAGAUAUGGGUUUCUGUGGCUAAUCCUUGCGUUGUGUGUAACCCUCGCCUUUGCAUGGGUCAUGUGCAUGACCCAAUUUUCGCUAUCGUUAAGGAAUCAGAAGGACUGUGGUGUCCGAUACCCGAGUCGUGAGGAGUUUGAGAAGUUUUCGGACCAUGCAGAAUCGUCACGCGACGGACUGGACGUUGGCUCUCCGGAUCCCGGCGCUGUAUUAGAAAAACUUGAAGAAAACGAUGUCAUCACCGGCGACGCGUGGACGGCCUGGUCCACCGCAAAGGACACGCCUGCCAGACCCAUCUGCAAAGUUGAUGAUGGCGUGGAAAACAAGGGCUUGGAUAAAGUUUUGCAAAAAAUUCAUAUUCGCCGAAUGUGGCAAAAGGACCCGCCCGUAAUUAAUGUCACUUUAGCGUGCGGUGUUCCACAGGGAUUCAAAUUAACAGGUUUGGUUGCUCUGGCGCACGAUAAUAAUGGCACCGGGGCGAAGUGCAUUGUUAAAAGUGGACCCGGGGAUGCUAUAACGGUGACCCAUUUGUCACAGGAACAUAGGGGAAUCAAUUCAUAUAUUUUGGUUAUUGGGAGAAAUGUAGUUAUUUAGGAGGAUACGGUAAUUGUCGGAAACACGAACUAUUAAAAACUAGAAAUACAUAGAAAUCAUGCAUAAAAUA